UAAUUUGAAUUGUUAGUUUUGUUAUUUUUGUUGUUGGUGUGGGAGAUUGAAUUAUACAUACAUAGGGACCUAUCGUACGUAGGUACGUAUCGAGAAAUAACGAGAAACGAGGAACGAGAAACGAUACUUGACGGAGAAAGGAAGAUAGGAAGGGAGAAACGAAGAAACGAAGAAAUGACACAGCAACCUCAUACACAUGGUGCACCGGGGCCGGAAGUAAGUGGGAAGGAUCAGAUACUCGAAACGGGAGCAAGCAUCACGCAGGAUUUUGCGCCGGUCAAAAAGAUUUGUGCGCAUCUUAAUGCGUUUCAUGUUUAUGCUGGGGAGGGGGAGGAGGGGGGGAGGAGUGUCGAGGCGAAUCAUUAUUGUACGCAUUUGAGUGGGGAUGUUCGUCAAUGUCUCAUCUACGAUUCCCCCACGAAUCCGGCACGCUUGAUUGGAGUCGAAUAUAUGAUCACCCGGAGAUUGUAUGAGAAAUUGGAUGAGGAGGAGAGGAAACUUUGGCAUUCGCAUGAUUAUGAGGUCAAAUCCGGAAUGCUCAUUCUCCCCAACCCCACAGUCCCAGAUGCAGUCUGGACCGUCGCAGAGACGGAAGAAAUGAAAGAGGUGAUUGGGUUGUAUGGGAAAACAUUUCAUUUCUGGCAGACGGAUAGGGGGGAUGAGUUACCGCUUGGGAUGCCGGUUUUGAUGGGGAGUUUUACGGCGGAUGAUCAGGUACCGUGGGAUAAAGUUAAAGAAAGAGAUGAAAGAUUUGGGGUUGAUACGCAGAAGAAAAGGGAGGCGAGGAAGGGGAUUGAGAGUGUGGAUAUUCAUGAGGAUGCUGAUCAGGUUUGGAAGAAGAAAUAAGUUCCAUGUAGUUAGAGGGUGGAAUUUGUUUUUAUGAGAACUUGAGACGAUGAUGAUGAUGUUGUUGUUGUUGGUUGAAGAGAUUAUUUAUGUCUCCCUCUGUCUAGGUGGAUGCUUGAUUUAAGGGUGGAUUUGGAUACUCUCUUUUAUGUAUCUAUCUACUUGGUAUUUAUUAAUUAAUCAAUC